AGAGCCUAAGGCAGCGUUUGAGUCUGCCUAAAAGGGAGGAAUAAAAGGAGUGGGAGCUGCCGGGGCACAUUCACUUUCUGCCUUGGCGCGUGUACUCGCAGCGCGCACGCUCAGGAGGAAGACCAGGAUUGGUUUACGGGGUAGUCGCAACUUCUUGUCCCAACCAAUCCAGAUGCAGCGGGGGGGUGGGUCCCGGCCCUCACUGGCUGGCGAGACGUCCGCGCGCGUGUUUCGUCGCGUUGCAGCUGUUUGCGGGUGUAGUCUUUGUCCGCGCCAUGGAACCUGGUCUGAUCCGGCGUUUAGCCCCGCGCCUGGGCAUCGCCGAGCCGGAGGUGCUGAGGAAAGCAGAGGAGUACUUGCGACUGUCCCAUGUGAAGUGUAUUGGCCUGGCGGCACGAACCACAGAAACCAGCAAUGCAGUCAUGUGCCUGGACCUUGCAGCUUCCUGCAUGAAGUGCCCCUUGGACAGGGAUUUUUUAAUUAAACUUUCUGGUUUCAACAAGAAGAUGUAUCAGAGUUGUCUUAAAUCUUUUGAGUGUUUACUGGGCCUGAACUCGAAUAUUGGAAUAAGAGACCUAGCUGUACAGUUUAGCUGUACAGAAGCAGUGAACAUGGCUUCAAAGAUACUGCAAAGCUAUGAGUCCAGUCUUCCACAAACACAGCAAGUGGAUCUUGACUUAUCCAGGCCACUUUUCACCAGUGCUGCACUACUUUCAGCAUGCAAGAUUCUAAAGCUAAAGGUGGACAGAAAUAAAAUGGCAGCCACAUCCGGUGUAAAAAAAGCCAUGUUUGAUCGACUCUGUAAACAGUUAGAGAAGAUUGGGCAGCAGAUCGACAGAGAGCCUGGAGAUUCAGCUACUCCACCAUGGAAGAAAAAGAAGACAGUGGUUGAACCUUCAGCAACGGAAAUAGAGAAUGUAGUAGAGAUCCCACAUAAACCGCAAAAAGAUGAAGAUCUGACACAGGAUUAUGAACAGUGGAAAAGGAAAAUUUUGGAAAAUGCUGCCAAAGCACAAAAGGCUACAACAGUGAUUUCAGCUUCCGGACCACCUGUACUGCAAACCAGCAGUGCAUCUGCCACCUCAAGGAAGAUGUGAGGACUUUGGAAAUUUGUUUGAACUUUUAUAACAACGAUCCUAUCCUUAAUAGCAAAGAAACCAGCAUUGGGGAUGAGCAGGGUGGCUCUCACAUGGGCAGCAAAUUCGUUAGAUAAGCCACAGUGCCUGGUUGGCUCAGCCUUGGCUCUCCACAGGUCUGCUAUCUCCUACAAAAUGUCAUUGAAACCAUUUUGCUUUCUUGUUUUGUUUUAAGCAAAGACAGUCUCCUGUCCUAUCCAGAAUAUGAAAUUCAAGCUGAAUGGAGUCUAAAGAUUUUAAGUUUUUGUGUUAAUCUCUUGGGUUGACUAAAUAUAUAGUACAACCUAAGUUAAUAAAUAUUAUUUUUAUAUGCA